AUGUCGGAAAUUUUUCAAGACGCACCUCACGAAGAGCCUCCAAAUUAUCAAACUUUCGAGAGAGCAACAGUUGGCAUUCGAAAAAAGCUCUUAUCACAAAAGCGUAGCCAAAUCGCUCAAUACCAAAUCGUCAAUAUAUCAUUUAACGCGCUCGCAAUUGCGCAGAUCGCUAUAGGGGCCGCUAUCACUGCGCUCGGCCCUUUAGGCGGUCAGCAUAUGCUGGCAAUUACGAUUCUCGGGGCUUUCAAUACAUCCAUCGCUGGGCUGCUGGCGCUACUUAAAGGAAGAGGACUUCCACAGCGACUGAGGAGAAAUCUGGCUGAAGUAACAAAAGUGCUAGAUCGCAUUGAAGAGGCGACAGUAUUAUUACGAUACGGCAGCAGAAGAUUUUCGAAGAAAGAGAUUGAUGCCUUAAUCCAAGAUGUUAUGAAACGAUACGCUACUGCAAAUGAUAUUAUUGAAACGAACCAGCCAGAUACAUAUGCGAACGGUGAAUUCUCCCAACCUCAUACGAGCGUCACCGCGGUGGAAAGUUCUCCAAGUCAGCGCACCCACAGUAUUGUUAUAAAUGGGAAACAGCGUGCAAGAGAUGAAGAAAUGGGAACGAAUGAAAGUCUAUAG